AUGGCUCCGAAGCGUCGGGCGCCUCACGUUGACGAUGAGGACGAAGUCAUCACGCCUGUGCGUCUUUCCAAACGACGGAGACAGGGAGCCGAGAUCACCGAAGUUCUUCUGGGAUUCGCCGACGCAAUCAAGGACCUCAGAUGCGAGGAAGACGAUAGAUUUUACAUUGAUUCCUUCAUGCGACUGCCGAAGAAGCGCACCGCGCCGAACUACACCGACGUGAUCAAGGAUCCGAUCGACUUCAGCAGAAUUCAACAGAAGAUCCGCAGCGAUGAGUACAACACGGUGGAUGAGUUCGCUCAAGAUAUCCAGCUGAUGGUGGAAAACGCGAAGACCUACUAUAAAAAAGACAGUCAAGAAUACGCGGAUGCCGUCGAAAUCUCGAAUCAUUUCGAGGUCUUGCUGAAAGAAGAACGCAGUGAGAGCGUCGCGCCGUCCGACGGUGACAACGACGAGACAGUUGAUCUGAACGAUCAGCUGGCCGAGCUGUUCGCGACGGUGGUCAACGCUCAAGACGAGGGCCGCGACGUCGCGGACGUUUUCAAAAUUCUUCCGUCGAAGAGAGAUUACCCGGACUACUACCAGGUGAUCAAGGAACCGAUCGAUUUGCGAACGAUCGCGCAGAACAUUCAAGAAGACAAUUACUCCUCGCUCUCAGAACUCGAGAAAGACGUUGUACUAAUGUGCAAGAAUGCCAAAACUUACAACGAGCCCGGUUCGGAUAUCUAUCGCGACGCUGCCUUCAUUCAGAAGCUCGUCAAAGGGAGGCGUUUCGAGAUCGAAAAUCGGAAGGCUGUUCCUUUCAAACGCGGUCGCAAGAGUAUCCUGCGAGCCGCUCACGCUUUGGUUGAAGAUCUAGCGAAUAUCGAGGACAGCGAUGCCGACGCUGAUGAGGAGGACGACAACGAUGACGAGCAGGACGUCGAGGACGACGACGAGGGAGACAUGGAGGUUGAAGAGGAUGACGAUGCGAGUCGUCAGGAAAUCCUGACCCCGAAAAAACGGGGGAGGAAACCUAAAGUGAAACCGAACUCGGUGGAUCACACCACCGUGAAAGAAGAGGACGACGAUGACGACGAAGAAGAUUCGCUCACGGUCGAUGCAAAUCUCAUUUGGGACCUGAUUACCAGUCUACGGAUGUAUCAGCCACCCGGCGCUUCUUCGAGCGCCAACGUCAUGUCGGAUCAGUUCAUGCGGAUCCCGAGCAAGAAAACCUCGCCUGAUUACCACGCGGAAAUCUCCAAACCCAUGUCGUUCCGAAAGGUUGUGACGAAUCUCCUGAAGAACAAAUACCGUUUCGUGAAGGACGUUGUUGCCGAUGUGGAGCUGAUUUUCAAGAACGCCAAAGUGUUCAACAGGCCCGACUCGAAAGUGUUCCAAGACGCCGCCACUCUGUUGAGAGUUGUUCAUGCGAAGGUGAAAGGACUUCAGGAUGCGAACCCAAACGUUCUAGAAAUGAAAGUCCCGAGAGCGACCGAUGAGGAUCACGAACGGCUUGAGCUCGUGAUUAAGGGUUGUCGGAAGCAGAGAGCUAACGAACAUCCUCUGAAAACGAGACUCAACGCCAUCUACAAAGCUCUCAUGAAUCAUGAGGAGGAUGGUCGCACGCUGAUCGACCCGUUCCUGAAAAAACCCGAUCCACAGGAAUAUCCUGAUUAUUACGAAGUCAUCCACAAACCCAUCGAUAUGCAGCUAAUUUACGAACGGAUCCGCAACCUUCGUUACCAGAACCCUGAACAGUGCGUGGCAGACUUCCGCCAAAUGUUCGAAAACUGUCGAACCUAUAACGAGGAAAACUCACAGAUCUUCCAAGAUGCCAACACCCUCGAGCAGGUAUUACAAGCGAGGAUCGAAGAGUUGGGACCGUAUGUCCCACCCCCCGAGACGCCCACACCAGCCUCCCCGGGGAAGAGAUCCGUGCCCAAGCACAAAGCAAGCAAAUGCAAGCUGCAGGCUCUUCUGGACAAAAUGUCGAAUUACAUCGACAACAAAGGUCGGAACAUAAGUCGAAUCUUCAACAAAUUACCGUCAAAACAAGAUUAUCCUGAAUACUAUGAUGUCAUCAAGGAACCGAUCGACUUGGAGAUCAUAAAACAGAAACUCGGCAAAAACUCCUACGAAACCCUCGACGACAUCCUUCAAGAUCUCUUGCUGAUGUUCGAUAACGCCUGCACCUACAACGAACCUGAUUCGCAGCUUUACAAAGACGCCUUGUUGUUGCGUAAAGUAGCGCUUCAGACAAAGUUGGAACUUGGGGCUGCGGACCUCGAGGAUGGAGUCCCGGAUGUCAAAGGUGUUGUUCAAGAACUCCUAAACAAUCUAUUCACGUCAACAUAUAAUCAUCAGAACGACCGUGGCCGUUGUUAUACGGACAGCCUUGUCGAGCUGAGCGAAACACCAGAAUUCGUGGCGGCUGCUGAAGAGGAAGGUGCAAAAGUUCUCAACCUAGACCUCAUCAAGAGAGCCAUGGAUCGUGGCUAUUAUCGCAGGCUAGACAUCUUCCAGCAGGACAUGUUCACAUUUUUCCGUCGUGCUCGGAAGGCUGCCAAAAUAGACUCCGCCGUCUGGAAAGAUUCGAUUGAGCUACAGACGUACUUCAUCAAAUACCGGGAUGAGCUGUGCUCGAACAGAUUCGAAUCGCCCGCGGCUGCCUACACAGAAAACGAUUUAAUCGAUGAAAUCGACAAAACCAAAGCGGAAAAGACGGUACUCGAUGCGACCGACCAUGAGGUGACGAAGGAAAUCAAGGUUGAAGCACACGAUAACGGAGUACAGCAGAUGGAGAUCGGUGGAAUGAAAGUGUGUGUGGGAGAUUACGUGUACGUGCAGCCCCGUGAGAAGGGCAUGGAACCGCACGUUACCAUGAUCGAGAAACUGUACACGGAUGAGAAAGGUGUUCAAUGGCUCUUCGGGACCUGGUUCUAUCGGCCCCACGAGACGUUUCACCUGGCCUCCAGGAAGUUUUACCACAAAGAGGUUUUCCGAAGCGACAGCCACACCAAUACUCUGUUGGCUGAGGUCAUGGGCAAAUGUUACGUCAUGUUUGUCCGCGACUUCUUCUCCGAGAGACCGGAGGGCUUCAACGAAAGAGACGUAUUCGUAUGCGAGUCCAAGUACUUCCCAAAGAUGAAGCGAUUCCAGAAGAUCAAAGUUUGGGCUCAAAACGAAAAAGUCAAAUACAUUCCUAGAGAAAAACCUUUGGAAGCGAUCCGAGUACCGUCCAUUUUCCGCAAAAAGGAUUCUGAAGACGACGGCAAAGCCGACGAUAAAGACAACAGGAUCGAUGACAAGGAACUUAUAAUGCCAGCUUUGCCACAACAGGACGAGUAUCGUCCCUGCGACAGGGUCAUGCCCGAUGUCAUGCUGCCGACCCCGUCAGGAGACGACAACGAGAACACGUAUUUCGAGCAAAUUACAUUUUCCGGUGGGACUUAUCGGACCGGUGAUUGCGUGUACGUUCGGACAGAAACCACUAACCUGAUGGCGCGCAUCGAGAAGAUGUGGACCGAUAAACAGGGUAAAGGUUUCUUCCACGGACCUUGGUUCGUUACACCACAAGAAAUCCAUAGUUCUGGCGCCGCCCCAGGCCGCCAGUAUUUCCGUCAGGAAGUGUUUCUGUCCUCGAUCGAAGACACGAACCCCUUGCUAGCGAUCACCAGCCGAUGUCACGUCAUGGAUCUCAGCGAGUACAUGACCAUUCGUCCCACCGAGCUCACCGAGCAAGAUAUUUACAUUUGUGAGAAUACGUACAAUGAAAGCGAAAAAGUCAUCACGAGACACGAGCACGGCCUCAGGAAAAUUCUUCACUCCGACGCGGUGCAAGUUGACGAGAUCUACAUUCUCAAGCAAGCACCCAAAUUAGCUCGAGAAGAUUUUCCUUUCGUGACGAAAACACCCGCCGUCGCUCAGAGCGAUAACGAUGACAGCAACGACUUUUCUCGUGACGAAACCAGCAAUCAUUCAGUGUCGCUCUCCACGCCACUGUCGUCCAAACAGAAGCCGGCAAAUAAAGUCAAACCGAUGAGAAUCAGUGGUUACAUCGUCUACUCUACCGAACGUCGAAAACAGAUCCAAAUCGAGCAUCCAGAUUUAUCGUUUGGAGAUCUUUCGAGACUUUGCGGCCAAGAAUGGAAAGAUCUCCCCGCCGGCUCCAAAGCCAUCUAUGAGGAAAAGGCAUCUAAACAAAACGAGUUGAACAAAAUCAAGCAUGCCGAAAUGUUCAACGCCAACAACAGCAUCGCUUAUACGGAACGAAGCAGUAACGAUCUGCUUAAGGUCCAUGAAUGCCAUUGGGAUAAUUGCGACUAUCAGUUCGAGGAACUCGAAGACCUUACCCAUCAUUUGACCCACGAUCCGUCGGGACAUGUUCAUCAAACAUUCAUCAAGCUCAACGAGAGCGUGAACUUCCAAUGUCGUUGGAUGAUGUGCAGUCGUGUGAAGAAAUGCCAGCCUCCGUUCAACACGAUCCCAAAGCUCCUCAAACACGUCAAAGACGUGCAUGUAAAAACCUCACAGCGUACGAUUCUUCCUGAACAAAAGACGAGGAAUUUUUGCACUAGACGACCGCCCGCAUCCACGACUCCUCAAGCGCACCCCCAUCAUUCGAGCAGUCCCCAUCAUCCGCAGAUGAUCCAGCCCCAGACUCCAGGUCCCAUGCCAGCUCCUGCAUCGCCCAUGCAUGGAAUGCCCUACUAUUCUCAGGGCGCACCUGGCCAACCCCACCCGGCUACGCCCCACCCUCAUGGACAUACUUAUCAUAUGGGACAUGGCCAUGCCUACCCACAGAGUCCCUCCCCUCAAUUCACGCCCAUGCAUAACGGCCAAGCGCAUGGUCCGUCAAUCCAAGUUUCGACAGCUCCUCGACCAGCUGAGCCCAUGUUCGUGGCGCCACCUCCGAAACCCCACAAGUUACUCCAUACGUACGCCUACAUCAAAUAUAUUGAAGGUCUGAACCACGAUCAGAAAACGGUUUCGAAUUGGGAUCAGCAGCUCAAAGCGACCCGGGAUAACACGGUCAUCCAGAAUCCCCAUCAGCUUCCGAUGCACUGGCUUGCUAACGGAGCAGGGCGUCAUGGCAGUACCGUCAACGCGCUGUGGGCUCUGCGGGACUUUAUGCUGAAAGACGCACUCAACAUCAACCAAAUCGAAUAG